CUAGGGCACGCACAGAGAAUAUCUUUGCAGUUCUGGAAACGUCAGAGUGUUUUCUUUCCAAAGCUAUCAAUUAUAUGCAUAGUCGAGCAUCUUUUUGUGACAAAAUAUUGAGCUUAAAACGGGCACGUCUUUUUAUCCAAAAAUGAUAUAGCGCCCCCAGAGUUUCAACAGGUUAAUAUGGUCGAAUCCGGAAACGAUCAUCUCGAAGACAAGACGUUUAUUCUUUCAGUGAAAUACGGAACCGUUCCGUAUUUUAUCUAAUGGGUGGCAUCCAUGAGUCUAAAUAUUCCUGUUACAUUGUACAACCUUCAGUAUUAGGUCAUAAUUACGUAAAUUUCUGGCAAAUUAGUUCGCAAUGAGCCAGGCUGCCCAAACUGUUGCAUAUACCCUUGACUGCGUGCAAUGAACUCAAGAGAAGUGACACAAUUUCACCUGGUUAAUAUUGCUGGCUAACCUGGAUUUCCUUUAGCUAAAUAUGCAGGUUUAAAAAUAUAUACUUCUGUGUAUUGAUUUUUAAGAAAGGAAUUGGUGUUUGGUUAGGUACACGUUGGAGCAACGAUAGUGCUUUUUGCAAAUGUGCACUGCAUCGAUUAUAUGCAAAGCAGGACACGCUAGAUAAACUAGUAAUAUCAUCAACCAUGUGUAGUUAUAACUAGUGAUUAUGAUUAAGUUUAAUGCUAGCUCGCAACUUACCUUGGCUUCUUACUGCAUUCGCGUAACAGGCGGGCUCCUCGUGAGGCAGGUGGUUAGAGUGUUGAACUUAUUAACCGUAAGGUUGCAAGAUUGAAUCCCUGAGCUGACAAGGUAAAAAUCUGUCGUUCUGCCACUGAACAAGACAGUUAACCCACCGUUCCUAUCCCGUCAUUGAAAAUAAGAAUGUGUUCUUAACUGACUUGCCUACUUAAACAAUGAUUGAAUAAAGGUGUACAAAAAUAAAUAAAUAAAAAUGGCAAAAUUACGGAUUUCCGAUUUAUGUAAAAUUAAAUAGGCCAUUCCGAUUUAAUCAGUCGACCUCUAGUCCACAUCUCCAUCCCAAAACAUGGGACCAGUGAUAUGAUAGGCUGGAGGACACUCACAGGGCUCUCAAGCGACAUGGAACCACAAGGUAAUGGAAAACAGGUCCUCCAACAUCCGGAUGCCGAGGCAAUGAUUUUCAUCCUCGACCAGGAGAUGGUGGGGUCAUGACUUUGGAGCCACGGAAAGCCGAGGGUGACUUUGUGUACAGGAGCAGUGAUGAUGAAGGGAAGGAUUUCUUGGUGCAUGGGUCCCAUGGUGAGGGUGAGUGGUACUGUGAUAGUGCUGGAUCCCAAUGGUUGUUUAUCCAGGGCUUGGACUAGAAAAGGAGAGGAGAGAGGGUACACUGCAGGCACGAAGACGAAGGCCUGGUCAAUAAAAUUCCCCGCAGCACCUGAGCACUAGAACUGUAGAAACAACAGCUGAGGGACAGCCAGCCAGUGAAAUGGAAAUCAGGAAGGGUUUGGCGGGAAACGAUGAUGUUACUCUGUGAGACUGAUGAUCACGGGGCUGUCCCUCUGCCCCAGUGGACUUCGGAUUGGGAUGUACAAAACGUCGCUCUGCGGCGGAGAGGUGUGAGCACAGUAACUUCAAAGUCUUGACAUGUAGUCCAGCUCGCUCACCCCUCCCCAAGUGGGAUGGUGCUACAUGACGGGGAGGCCAUGGCGCCGUAGCCCCCUUUCCUGGAUCCUGCCAGCCAGCCCGCCACACCACCACCCCCCUCAGAGCAGAGGACCACUGCCACAGCAGCCCCCCCAUGAGUCACCCUCUGGAGCCCUAGAUCAAGUGUGCUGAAGCUCAGAAUGAGUGCUGUAGGGGAAAGGGCACUGGACCCUGCCACGUCAGAGCCUCGUAAGAGGAAGGGCUCGCUAUGCGACAUCUCAGGCCAGAGUGUGGAGAAACGUCGGCGGGAGCUGGAGUGUCGUUACAUAGACGAGCUGGCCGAGCUCCUGUCUGCCAACAUGGGCGACAUCGCCAGCCUCAACGUCCAGCCAGACAAGUGCCACAUCCUCAAGAGCACCGUGGACCAGAUCCAGCAGAUCAAACGGCGCGAGCAGGAGAAAGCGUCUCUAAUAUCACCAGAGGACAAGGUGCAGAGGAGUGACAUUUCGUCCAGUAGUCAGGGCAUGGUGGAGAAAGAGGCUCUGGGGCCGCUGCUGCUCGAGGCCCUGGACGGCUUCUUCUUUGUGGUCAACCGCGAGGGCCGGAUCGUGUUUGUGUCAGAGAAUGUGACGGGUUACCUAGGUUACGCCCAGGAAGAGCUGAUGACCUCCAGCGUGUACAGCAUCCUCCACGUGGGAGACCACAAUGAGUUCAUCCGCAACUUGCUGCCCAAGAGCCUCGUCAACGGGGUGCCGUGGCCCCAGGAGCAGGGCUGGAGGAACAGUCACACGUUCAGCUGUCGGAUGCUGAAGAGGCCCCCUGACGAGGUGGACUCCGAGAACCAGGAGGCACGGCAGCAGUACGACAUCAUGCAGUGUUUUACUGUCUCCCAGCCCAAAGCCAUGCAGGACGAGGGAGAUGACCUGCAGACCUGCCUGAUCUGCAUAGCCUGUCGGAUGCCUCGCCCCCAGCAGCUCCCCGCUAUCAGCACUGAGUCCUUCAUCACCAAACAGGAUCCCACAGGGAAAAUCAUCUCCAUAGAGACCAGUGCUUUGCGGGCGACGGGGCGACCAGGCUGGGAGGACCUGGUCAGGAAGUGCAUCUACGCAUUCUUCCAGCCACAGGGGAAAGAACCCUCCCACGCCAAGAAGCUGCUCCACGAGGUGAUGACCCAUGGCACAGCCAUCAGUCCUCUUUAUCAAUUCAACCUGAGCGACGGGACCCCCCUCAGCGCUCAGACCCGCUGCAAGUUCUGCUGCCCCCCCAAAUCCGACGUUCAGCCCUUCAUCAUGGGCAUUCACACUAUUGACAGGGAACACAACACUGCUAGCUCUCAGGAAAACACUAACUCCAGCCUUCUACUGACCCAUGGAAGCCCUGCUUCCUCCCACCCUUCCCGUUCCCCUGCCCUACCCACGGGCAUCGAGGCCAGUCAAGCCCCAGGCCCCACCUCAAGCCUCCAUCUCAACAACGGAAACAGCUCCGGCACCACCACCCCCACUACACCCACCAGCCAUUCAGCGGGGUACCUGACGCCCAACCGGUUGUGUCCUCAGCAGGUCAACAGCCCCUCACCCCUGGGCAGCUCCCUCACAGCCAUCCCUACCUCAUUCAUGUCGCCCAGGCCCCCCAGGGGCAGCCCGGGGCUGGGCGGCAGCCCGCGCGUCCCAGGGAACCCCUUCUCCUCUUCCACCCCUGGCCUGCACUCUCCGGCAGGGGCCUUAGGAGGUGGAGGUGGUGGUGGGAGCGGUGGAAUCCUCAGCAGGCAGCACUCUGGUGGGGACGGUGGAGCAGGGACCCCCCUGGGUUUCUCUCUGCCCUCCCCUCUACCUCAGAGGAAGGCCAGCACCCCCACCAGCUCCCCAACGCGCCCUCCCCCCGCCAAGCCUCCUGAGGGAAAAGGAGGAGGUGGGGGAGGAGAGUACCUGGGGGGUAACCCCAAACUCAACCAGCUCCUGGACAAUGGCAGAGUGGGGCUGCCUGGGGACCCCAACAACACCGCUCCUAACACCCACCCCAACACACCCACCUCCACCCCUCAGUGCCCGGCCUCCCACAGCACGCUGACGGAGCGCCACAAGAUCCUCCAUCGCCUCCUGCAGGACAGCAGCCCGGCUGAGGGCGGCAACAGCAAGGAGUCUGAGAUCAAGAAGGAGCCUCCUGCUAGCCCUGCCACCGCCAACCCCAACGGACCCCCCACCACCCCCCAGGACCACCAGCUGCUGCGCUUCCUGCUGGACACGGAUGAGAAGGACUUGAGAGACCUGCCCCCUCCAGCCGCUCUCAGCCUGCAGACGGUCCGGGUCAAGACAGAGAAGAGGGCCACCGGGGACACUACGCCCUGUUCUGCAGCCUGCGCCAGCCCCAAACCCGGCCCUGCAGACAGCAGACCGCCUAGAGACCCGUUCCCCAGUGGACCUGCUGACCUGGACCCUCUCAGCCAGCUGCUGCCCACCCUCAGGGGCCCCGCUGGGGCCAAGCAGGGCAGCAAGGAGAAGGGUGACCCUCAGGCCCUGUCGUCCCAUAGCCCCCAGACCCAACCUCAACCCCGGCUCCAGUCACCUCCACAGCCUCGGCUUCAGUCCCCCUCCCAACCUCAACCCCAACUUCAGUCCCCUACUCAGGUCCAGCCUCAGAACCAUCUUCAGUCCCCUCUCCAGUCCCCUACCCAUCUCCAACCCCAGAACCAGCUUCAAUCCCCUUUCCAGUCCCCUACCCAUCUCCAACCCCAGAACCAGCUUCAAUCCCCUAGCCUACUCCAGCCCAGCGAGGCCAACGUACCCAGAGCCAUGAACGUGAAGAGGGAGCCUCCCGGAACACCAAGCCGAGGGCUCACGGAUGGCUCCUCCAGCCUGCAGAACCAGUCACACUUUGACUUCUGCAGCCCCACCACCCCCAGCCAGGGACAGGGACAAGGGGAGCCAUUCCAGACACCGAAAGACAGCAGCAGCCCCUACACAGAGCCUGGACUCAUGAACUCGUUCAACUCCAACACCGGGUUGUCUAAGAUAGAGACGGACUCUCAGCAGUUCCGGCCCCUGGCCCUGACUGACUCUCUGUCCUUUGAUGGAGGCAUGGGAAACCCCGUGCAAGCCUCUCUGGCCUCCCCUCAGGAGCAGUGUGUCCCGUGCCCGCUGGACCAGCUGCUGUGCCCCCCCACCACCCCAGAGGGUCGUAACGAUGAGAAGGCCCUCCUGGACCAGCUGGUGUCCUUCCUGAGUGGGACGGACGAGAGCGAGCUGGCAGAGCUGGACCGAGCCCUGGGCAUCGACAAGCUGGUACAGGGUGGCUGCUUUGACCCCACCCCUCAACGGUUUCCCUCCCAGCCCCCUGUCGCCACUCCCAUCUCCAUGGACCCAAAGCUGCCUGGCUACCCCUCUCAGUUCAGCACUGGCGCCCCUGCCCAGUUCCCUCGAGAGAUGGGGCAGGGUAUGGGGGUCUUUGGGGCACCCAGGGGGGCCUUUCCCGGGGGCAUGGGCAGAGCGCCUGGUGUUGCCAACCAGCUCCGACUGCCACCCAACCAGCUGAGGUUACAGCUGCAACAGAGGCUGCAGGGCCCACAGCAGCUGCAGAACAGGCUGGCUGCCAUGAGCCAGUUCCCAGGGGGAGCUCACGUUGCCAUGGGGAUGCGUCAGGGAGUGCAGCAGCCUCAUAUACCCUCUCAGCCUCCUCUAAACGCCCAGAUGCUGGCCCAGAGGCAGCGGGAGCUCUACAGCUUCCAGCACCGCCAGAGGCAGCUCCUGCAGCAGAAGGUCAUGUUGAUGAGGCAAGGCAUGGGGACCGGGGGGCCUGUUGGGGCCACCAGGGGACCAAAAGGACCCCAGCCACAGCAACAACAGUUUAGCUACCCUCCAGGCUACAGCCCCAUGUCUGGAAACCCACCCAGCUCUCCCAGCCUCUUCAAUCCCAUGGGAGGGCCCCUGGACCCCAAGCUGUCAGGCCUGGGCCCCAUGGGCAGCCAUUCAGCCAUGAUGGGUGGGAUGCAGGGACAGUUUGGGGGGGGGGUGAACUCGGCGGUCCAGCCUGGGCUCUUCCAGCAGUUUGGAGGACCGGGUUUGGUCCAGCAAGGAGACCCCUCGUUCCCUCUAGAGCUCAGCCCCACCAGCCCCUUGCUGUCCCCUCAGAACUCCACCUCCCAGAGUCCUCUGCUCCAGCAGGCCCAGCCUCCUCCUGGGUACCAGUCACCUGACAUGAAGAGUUGGCAGCAAGCUGGCAUGGGUGGCAACAGCUUAUUCAGCCAGACUGGUCAGACGACGCCCCAGGCCUUUGGGCAACAAGGGGUCUACAACAACAUGAGUAUCACUGUGUCAAUGGCAGGAGGCUCAGGGGGUGUGGGCUCACUACCUCCCAUGGGACCACCCGUUGGCCUGGACAACAGUAACCUUGGCAACUCCAUGUGUAACGAUCAGGUACAGCAGGUUCAAGUGUUUGCCGACGUCCAGUGUACGGUGAACCUGGUGGGCAGCGACUCCUACCUGAACCAGCCGGGGUCCAUAGGCCCCCAGAAAGGACCCCAGGGGCCUCAGAGCAGCCAGUCUCAGCAGAAGAGCCUCCUCCAGCAGCUCCUCACAGAGUGACUCCUCAGCUCAGCUGCCUGCCAGCGGAAAGGUUCUCCAUAGACCACCACAACCUCUUUUCUUUUUCACCUUUGGUUUUAGACAGCUACCUGCUGGACUGAUUAGGAAGGCCCUGGGAGGGAGACUGAGGUCCAGGUAACAGCGUGUCUGUCUACCUACCUGACAGCCUCAGCCCGUACCGUAAGACCGCAACGAUCGUUCAGCACUCAUUCCUGGUUACAUACUUUCAACACAAAGUCUGCUUCCUGUUCUGAGAAAGGAAUCAGGUUCCGGUUUUGCCAAGUCGUCGCGGUCGUCAAAGCAUGUCCCGGUUCCUUAUUGGCCCGUUCCAUCAGGCCGUCGCAGCAGUACGUUUUGGGAGUGCGAGCAGCGUGCAGCUGAGCUCAGCUUUGGGUGGUUAACCCGUCGUCUCGCCUUUUUGCCUCGCGCGGGGCAGGUGGGGCGAUGUUGUGGGGACAACGUUUUAAGAAUGUUAGGUUUUUAACCUCUGCAAUGGAAAGCUCAGUUUCAGCUGGAUCUGUGACUGACUGGCUCUCUCCACUGCAGUGCCUGAUGGGAGGAAGUCCCCAGCUCUCAUUUUUGUUUUUCUGUUCUCAUCAUCUGCGUCGUCAGGACAACAAGCAUCACGGCCAGGAUGGGAGACUGCUCUGUUCUGUUCAGUUGGCAACACUGUCUUACCUGGGAUAGGCAUUUUCAAACUACCUGACUGUCAAACUAACUGUCUGUCCUACACAUUUUUCUCCCCAGCAUCUGUGAAUAUGAGCCACAAUGGGCUCUCUUUGGCCUAUCAGUGUUGUUUUUCCAUGUAGAAACGCACAGCUGGGUAGUAUUUUCCAGCAAAGAUGAGAUUAAUUCACACUAUCUACUUUCCUUUCAAAAGCGUAAUUGAAUUACUCUAAAAAGCAACUGUCAUUUUGAGCUCAAACUAUACAUUGCGAUUCAUUGCAGGUUUUUCCCCCCCUUUUAAAAAAAAUUGCUGAAUCUAAGAUGUCAGUUAUGUUUUAAGGCGACAUUUGGCAUUAUGAAAAUGUAACACUGCUAAAUAUUGUUGUGGUGGGGAAACUGUCUCUAUUCUGUAAUGUGAAAAAAGAAAAUCUUGGUAUAAGAAUUUUUGCGAUUGAUUUAGAAAUGGCUAGUUCUGCUCUUUUGGCAUCCCAUUGAAUGUUUCAAUAUCCUUAAAUUAACCUCAAAACACACAGGAGUGGAUUAUCAAUAUCACACAAUGACAGGAAUAUGUUGUAGCUAGUAACCGUAGAAUUUCCUCACUAAGAAGUGAUGGAUGUUGAAUGGGGUGUUGUCUUGGAAACACAGCUCUCUCUAUCUCUCUCCUCCGACUCUGCCCGUGAUGAUGUCACUCCACUGGCCGCACACUACAGCUCUUUUUGACUGCUCAUGUGACCUACUGUUGCCCAGUCAGACACUGUCUAUCAGCGCUAACCUCUGUUGAUAUUUACUAUACACAUUCAUUCACAUAAAGUCCUGCCAACAAACACAAUGUUUUUAUAGAGGUAAACAAGAACCUAUUAACAAGCAAUAACCAUAAUUGAAGAGACAAAAUAGACGUUUUGCGACAUUGUAAUGAUAAUGAUGAAAAAUCAAGUCUACUUUGGCUUCUCUGCUCUAUCCCGGGUACCUGUAAUUCUGAUUAACAAGGCUUUCUAAAGGAGAACUGUUAUUAUCCAACUAGAUGUCUCACAGCUGUGUAUAUACAAGGUAUUUCACAAGGUGUGCAACAUUACCCGAGCACAGCUAAUAACUGAGGAGGGUUAGGGAUGAUCAGUUGAAAUAGCAUGUAUGAUCACCAUCCUCCUCCGGAGACCUCAAACUGAACGCCAACUCAAACUGAACGCCAACUCAAACUGAACGCCAACUCAAACUGAACGCCAACUCAAACUGAACACCAACUCAAACUGAACACCAACUCAAACUGAACACCAACUCAAACUGAACGCCAAUGUUCUAUGAUUUGUGAAUCACUUUCUGUACAGUUUCAGUGGCGUCUGUGUGCGUGUGCUUUGUACUGUACCCAAACAGUGGCUCAGGCGUCCUCACCAUACAACUCAAAUUCAACCUGGAAAUGGGAUCAUUUCGUGUGAUGUCGAUUAUAGUUGACAUGAAAAGCUGGUAGCAAUGUCCAAUUUUAAUACUUUUACAGAAAAACACAAAAACAUUUGUGAAACAGAUAACUCUUGAUUUUACAUCCCAAUUGUUCCUGUGUAUUUUAAGACACAUAAAAUGUUGCUUUGCUUUUACCCUAUUGCAUAAAUAAUGAAAUGAGGUAUUUCAAUUUCAUUCUCUUCUAAUAAUGUUACAUUUUUCUUUUCUAUUUGAACGGGCCGUGGGUUAACAGUUAAUAUUUCUCAAGGUUAAAGCCAUUCCUCAGCCACUGUUUGGUUUAUGUAAAUAAACAUACACUAUACAAGACACACGGAAGAAACACAAAUGAAUAACAGAAUGUUUGCGGAAUGAUUUAAUUUGUUUCCAGUUAUACGUGUACUAUAUAGGGUACCAGCUAAAGGUUUCACACUCACAGAAGUAUUACAAAGGAUAACGUGUUUGUUUGUUUUCAUCUUCUUCACAUUCUCUCCAGCCUUUGCUCCUCAUUGAGGAACAGGCAUUUCUGUAUGCAUAGCGGUAAUAGAACCGCAUCAAAUGUGGAAGUUAAUCCGAUCUGUUAAUAUCAACUGUUUAGCGUUUGGGAUAUAAUAUACCAAAUUCGAAGCACCAUUAGACAACGCUCGUUAACAAACAGACAUUAUUUUAAGCAAGACCUGCUCAAUGGCAAAGACAGUCCAUUCAGUACAGGUACAAGGUAAAUAUUUGAACUGGUUCUUCAACAUGUUAACAUGUAUAUAACAGACAAUGUGAAUAUGUAUUUGUUCAGAAUCAACAAAAUGUAGUGCUCCAAGUUUGUGGUAUUAACUACUCGCUUCCAUUUUAUUUUAAUUUUUCCAUUUUGAUGUAUAUGACUGUCUGAGUGUGUGUAUGUAUGUGAUUAAUACUGUGUAUCUGGUGUUUAAGAUGGAAACCGAUUAUGUCCUGAUUUGAUUUCUUCUUCUUUUUAGAUACCUGCAAGUUUUCCUGUGGGUGUUGUUCAGAUUGCUCUUUAUGUGAGGGAAUGGAUUAGCGACUGCUGAAUGUGAUUUUACUGAGAGAGAAGCAGCAUGGAUUGGCUUUUGUACGGGUUCAUUUAAAAAGGCCAUAUUAUUUAAUUUAUCUGUUAUCAAAAAGUUUAAACAGAUCUGAGAAAGUGGAACCUUGGAUUCUGAGAAGCAUCGCUUCAGUAGUUAAGUGGGCUUUUGUAGAUUGCCUGAUGUAGUUUUUUGCAUUUUCAGAAGUAAUGACCAAAGCUUCAAGAUGUUUAAUUCAUAUCAUAUGCAAGCCUCAUGCAAUUGGAUGAGACAAAAUGUAGCGUUUUGUUCAAUUUUCUAAAAUGAAAUAGUCUCAUACCUAUACAUACUAGCUCCUCUUUGACCACAUGACUAAUUUGUGGUAGUUUGUGCUUUUCUUGUUUGUCCUUUAUUCCCCUUUUGACACGUUUUGUCCUAAGAUACUGACAAGUGACCUAGCAGCUAUAGUAUUUUUAUGUAACUUGUAUUCUUUGGGAUUUCCCAAAGUAUGAUCAGUUAGAAACUUAUUCUCCCUGUUGCCAUUGACUCCUAGCAAAGAUGCAAAAAGUAUUGCAUGGCCUGACUUGCUGUCAUUGUUUCCAGGAAGAGAGAACCUUGCAACAGCUAGCUAUGCACCUUAGCGAAAAGCUUUAUUUUACACUGAUUUAAGUAUUCAAAGCCACACUAGAAUCUGAAUCAAUUAUUUAAAUCAUGGUAUUUUCAGUCAUUAGUUUCUUGAAGAGAAGAAAAAAAACUACCUAACUUUCCUUUUUUUAACUUAAACUAGUGUUGUUGAUAAUUGUCUGAUCUAUCAACUGAAUCUCAUGAAAAAAAAUAUUAAUGUAUUUAGCUGAAUACUUUAUACCAAAUUUGAGGUGCCUCUUGUAUAUAUUUUCUGCAUAGAGGACUGCUCCUCGCUGUUUGAUGAUAAUGUUAAUGAGGAUUUUCUUAUCUUUACCUUUAUAAAACAAGUUUGCUGUAUUUUACAUGACUUUUUUACUAAAUAUCUAAAUAUUCCAGGAAUUUGCAAGAAAUACAAUCUAGUUUUGCACUUUAUAUCAGAAUUAUUAAGAGGAAACAGGCCAUCAUGAAUACUGUUCAAAUCAGAUUACUAUUUCACGAUUAGGAAGAAAAAAGGAAAUCCCCUGAAUGUAUUACAAAGUAAAAUAUUGAUUUGACUUUUCUUUAGCAAUCCUAGUCAUUUCUCAGGUUCUUAAAAACAAAGAACUUGGUUGUAUAGCCCAUCAAUAUGAUGACUGAAGAGAAGUGUACUUUCUCUACAACUAAUCUAUGUAGUUUCAGUUCUCUCUGCCACAGAUCCUCAAUCUAAACUAUGCGUAUCUUCUUCAGGUGAUCCACUGCCCCUUCCCUCGGCCAUCAGCUAACUAACGCGCAUACACUCAUACGUCUUGUCUUGCAGCAGCUUCAACUGUUAAAAACAUUCCCCCUCAGCUAUGCUCCCUGCAGUUAUUGUACUCUGCUAUAUAGUGUAGCAUCAGUUCUAUUCAUUAUGUUUCUAGGCUUAGUAAUACCUACCAAGCAGUAACAGCCCUACAUAUGUUUACUGCUAUCCCUUUUGCAUUUCUUCACCACCUUAUCACAUACUGUCUAAUACAGAAGUAACAUCCUUAGAUAAGAGUACUGCACUCUACCCUACACAGAUAUUACCUCUCAACUGUUAGAUUAUUGGAGCAACUGUUUGCUGAUGAUGUUUGUUAAGUAUUGUAAGUGCUGCCUUAUCGAGACUGAAGUUGGUUGUGGUUGGAGAACUCAAAGCUUGUAUCUAGCCACUUAUAAGGGCAAUGAUUUCUCAUUGAAACGAGGUUCCACUUUUUCUGUAAAAUGUAUGAAUAUAUAUAUAUAUAUAUAUAUAUAUAUAUAUAUAUAUAUAUAUAUAUAUAUAUAUAUAUAUAUAUUUUACACAUUUUGUCCAGUUAUGUUUAUUAUACUUGUAUAAACUUGUUUUUAGAGAGGCAUCGGAGCAGCUGUGUAGGACAAUAUGAAUGAAGUAUCUGGAAGAAUUAUGCAUGUUUUUAUUUCUGUGUCCAGGUGGAAUACCUGGGAUAAAUCCUACCUUUUCUUAGGACAUCGUAGACAAUCAGUCUCAGGCUGGGUCCAGUACCUACAGGGGGUCCCCUCUGUAGGCUGAAAAACAAACAGUUUUUGCAUCUACUGAAAUGUCUUAUUUGUCUGUCUGUUUUUUGGGAGGUAUGUGGCUGCUCAGACUGGGAUUAGUUCAAAGUUUACACACUUCUACACAUACACCUCGUGCGUUCGGUCCCUCUGUUGCUUUUUCAAGGUGAAGAUGCUGACCUUGAAAGGAAAUGAUGCUUUGACUAACAAAUCUAUAACAUCCAUGAAUGUGAGAAUGCAACACAUCGCAAUAAAAGCACCGUGUAAAAACAG